AUGGAGAUCGCCAGCGCCAGCGCCAUCGCCAGCGAGGUCAAGGCAAUGGAUAUGGCAAUGGAAGAAGCGGCGCCGCUGGAGCAAAAUCAGCAGCUUACAGCGGCUCCGGCGAUCGAAAUCGCGAUUUCUUGCUCUCAGUCCGUGCUCCAGGAGAGGAACAAGCGCUUCGACGAUCUUGGCAGCGUGGAGGCAUCCAAGAAGGUGGCGGCGGCGAAGCCAGUCGUGAGGGUUCCUCCUAGGAUGAUGUUUGGCUCCCAUCCAGAGAGGUACUUGAGCCCCACGGACUCGCUCGUCUCGCCCAUCUCGCGGGGAUUGCUGUGGAGGAACCAUCGCCGGCCCGUGAGAAAGCUCAUUCCUCCAGUUGCGCCCAAGGGGUUUGGCUAUGGCGCCCGGGCGCGGGAGGAAUGCGCGUCGAUCGGCGGAGCCAGGACUGCUAACUGGCUUAAGCAACAGGCGGAGAGGAAAUCGGGCAUCGCCAGAGAGCCGUUGCUGGCGCGUAGCGCAGAGAUUUUUGAGUCAGCUCUUGGACAGCAGGCCUUGCAACAGGAUCGCGAUGAGUGCCUGUUUGACCUGGCGGACACUUGUUUUCUGUGGGCCAAGUCCAUCGCUACGGCUGUUCCAUCGCUCGCAACUCCUCUAACUGGUGAUACCAAGAAGGCGAGAGCAGAAGUACUGAAAUUGGAGGCAUUUGCUCGCGCUGCUCCACUUUUCACGAAGAGCUUUGAGAUUUUCGAUAAGAUAGAGCUCAGCGAGCUCAAGGCUGAAGCUCUUACAAAUAGUGGGAGCGUUCUAUGCGAGCUAGUGGAAGUGUUGGUUGAGCUUCCAGAGACUCAAGGUGGAGGCUUGGGUGUUGCAAUGAAGCUCUGCUCCGACGCUUAUGAACGGUAUUCUGCGGCUCUUUCAGCGUCACCAGACGAUUUAGAUGUUCAUGCGAACAUGGCUGACUGUUGCAUUAGGCAGGCAGAACUGUUAUCGCAAGGACCUUCUUCGUCGGAGUCGUGGGAUCGAGCGAAGUUGCUCUUCGACCGGGCACUCGAAGUUUAUGAAUAUGUUUGCUCUGUGGCUGAUACCAAGAAGGGUGACGAUUUGUCCACGCUCUUGGAAAACUUGGCUGCAGGUUUAGUUUCUAAAGCCGAGCAUGUACCUGACUACUUGGAAGCAUUGGAGCUGUAUGGAAUUGCUCGUGAGAAGCUGUGUGCGGCCACAAAGCUAAGCCCAACUCGUAUAGCUCUUUUCACUGCGUUGGGAGAUUCCUACAUUGCUGAGUUCGAGAGGCUACCUGAGGAGCCACCAUUUUUCGAAAAGCGAUACAGCACCAUGCUGUCUGCAGUCGAGAGCUUUACAACCGCUCUACGAAUUAAUUCAUCUAACAUGGAUGCGCUUCUUGGUAUUGCCGAAGCUCAUCGCCUGGCAUCGAGAUCGUCAAGGCUUCUCGGGAACAGUCGAGGCUCACAUGAUCACUCCGAUCAGAGUACGACCUACCACAUGAGAUGCAUCGAACUUUUGAAAUCAGGCGAGCAUGAUAUAGACUUUUCGCGGCAGUGUGACGUGCUCUACAACCUCGCCUGUGUCGCAGUGCAAUGCGGACGCGAACAAGACGCCAUACCGGCCCUCAAACUUUUGGGUCAAGCCGAGGCGGUAACUGCGGCAGAGCUUGUCGACGAUCCAGACUUUGAAAGUUCCAAGUCAAGCGCUUGGUUCUGGUCGCUUGUGAACAGUUUCCCAGGAGGUAAAGUCGAAUCCAACUAGGCGAGUCGGGGGUGCCAUCCCGAGUGAUUUAGAUACGCACACAGACCCGGCUUAAACGAAACUACCUGGAAGACUUGGUAAUCUGGCGUAUCCUUUUGUCCGGAUGCACCACAGUUUGAGAUUCAUCCAGUUGGAGGAUAGAAUCCGCGACUUUUUCCUCACAAGAUAACAAUUUCAACUUUUCUUGUUCUUUUUUUCUCCUUAUUUAUUUCAUCUCAGGGACUGCUGGGAGAAGGCUCCAUACGGCAUAAUAUGUUUGUCUCCAUGCUCCUUGUCUUACGAGGUGAUCACGCGUGUUAGUGAGCGGCUCCCUUUGGCUGUGGGGACCAAACGCAACGAGGGACAAGCUACAUGUUGGAGCGACCCUGUUUUUUAAGCUGUUUGAAGUGCUCCCAGGAACCUCCAAUGUCACUGUUGCUAGGCGGAGGAGGCUGCUUUGUCUCACUUUAAAAAAAGGGACCAAAAUCUCUGCGGAUUAUGAGCUCUCUUUAUAUUGGAUUCGCAGUGAUUGGGGGCUGAUGGAUGGCAUGGCCCAGUUCGAUCAAAGCGAAUCAGUGAUAUAUUCCCAGAUGGGAAAAACAAUAGAGGAUCCCGGUAACUCUUCCACACGGCAACACUGGAAUUCUUUUGCGUGCGUGGUUUGGCUUGACUGGGGAUAUAAACAAAGAGGUAAAUGUUUGCCACCUCCAAAAAAUUGAUCGCCACAUCGCGCUGGGUGGAAGAUUAUUUUGUCUGUAGAUAUGAACUUGGUGGCCCCCUUGUUCCCAAUCCAAGACAAAACAGAUGAAUCACCCAUAGAUUAAUAUCAUAAACGCUCCGUUUGACGACA